AUGAGUUUCAGAGAUUUAGAAAAUCCAGACCAGGCAGUCUUUAUAUCCUAAGAUUUGCUAAAUGAAUCCUUUUCCCAAAUUUCACAAGAACAAAAUGCUGAAUAACAAUAAGAAUUAGUCAACAAUAAUGAGAACUACCCUUAAUUCAGUCAGACUCAGAAUUCCCAUAUUCUCUCUGAAAUCAUCAAUACUCCAUCUCAACCUAAAUUACAAGUUAAGAAAUCCACAUUACUUCCCCAAUCAGGUGGAUUGUUUUCUUAUUUAAUUGACAAUCAGAGCAGAAUAUACGACAUCUUUUAAAAUUUCCUACACAGAAUCUUUCAAUACUACUUCAUUAAAAAAGUGAUGGACUAGAAUAUUAUACAAAACUAUAUUGAUUUACAGGCAGUCAAAAGAAAACUCAGUUAUGUUCAAUAGGUCUAUAAUUAAACCUUUUGCGCUUUGAAAAAUAGCAUUCAAUAUUAUUAAGAUAAGAUCUUGAUAUUGACAUCAGAAAUAGACAAAGAAGAUCCUUAUUCCUUAUUGACUUAGCAUGAAAUUGAUCUGAGAAGAGGAUUGCAUGAUUUCUAUUAAUUUAUAGAUUCAGAGGACCUACUUACUUCCAGUAAAGGCAUGGGAGGAAGCUAAAACAUAAGUCAAUAUAAAACAAUUUAGAUAGAAGUAUUCAAUCCAGCCGAUUUAAAUUCUCUUGACAAAGUUGCUUAAUUUGUUUUGAACAGUAUUGAACUUGAACAAAUCAGCAUAACUCCCAUACAAUUGUUGAAUGAUGAUUUGUCAUUGAAUCUACUUAAAGUAACCAUGCAAUUGUUGCAGAUAUGGUAACAUUUAUUUAGAUUUUUGAACCAAAAUGAUGUUACCAAUAUUUAAUUCAAUUACGAAGUCGAUCAAGCAAAUCAUAAUGCUGCGAUAGUUGCAGCCUAAACCUUCUUGUUGGUUCCUUUGGAUAUUGCCAACAAGAUUUUGAAAGGUCAUUACAAGGAACUCAUUAAUUAUCAUCUAAAUUCAAAUAACAAGUUGCCACUCAAAGAGGAAUAUGAAAAGAAAAGAGAAGAAAAGAGUUAGGCUAAGUUGUAAAGCACUCUUCAUUUUGACAAGGCGGAAAAUAUUAUUAAAAUAGCUGAUGAUGCUUUAACAAAUGAAGCAGAGAAUUUUUCAUUUUCAAAUGCUGAACAUUCAUUAAUGGAAGAACAAUCAGAUUAAUAAUAAACAAUUUAGAAAUAUAACCAUAAAUAUUAAUUGAAUUCAGAAUAAUACAAAUAAACCAUAUUAGAUCAGGCAGUAGAAUUGAGUUUCAAAGGCAAAAUAAAUGAAUCACAUUUACUAGAUAUCUAACCUCCAAAACAUAGAUCUUACAUAGCUGAAAGUGGACAAUAAAUAUUGCGAAUUACACCGAUUACAAUUAAUACUUUAAAUUGUCAGAAACCUAAUAUCGAAUUUAAUCAUAUCAACUAUUUCAUUGAUCCUUAAAAAGAGUUUCUACACUACUUCAAACCCAAUACAAAGUACUUCUUUAUAUGGUAAAUUGGAGCUGAAAAUGUUUAAAAGAUUGCUUGCGAUGUUGAACACCAAUUUACUAAUGAAUUGAUUUCAUUUGCAACUAAAGAAGGAAUCAUAUUCUUGUUUAACCCAUUUUCUUAGACUGCUGACAACACAUUCUAUAGAUACAAUGAGUAUGCUUCCAUCCUCUAGGCUUUGCCUAACAUGAUUGAGAAGAAAAGAAAUUUCAGAGUUGCUUAAGUAGGGCAUUAUAUCUAUUUGAUUGGGGGUGAAAAUGAAAAUAAACAGGUUAGCAAUGCUUGCGAAAGGUUUAAUCUAAAAACUUUAGAAUGGCAAAAGAUCAAGCCUUUCUAGACUCCUUUAACAAAAGUGAAUCUUGUGGUUUUCCAACAAAGAUAUUUGGUUAGAUUUGGAGGGUUGAAUCGUUUUGAUCAUUUUGAUAAAACUGUUGAAAAGUAUGAUACGAAGAGACAUAAGUGGUACUAAUUAAGAUUGACUAGUGGACAAGAUUAAAUAUUCAAGUUGAACAGUGUCUGUCUGUAGAUAAAUUCUAAUUCAAUUUUGAUAUUUGGAGGUGAAAAUGACAAUGAUUACAGCGAUGCAAAGAUAUCACUGCUUACAAUUGAUGAGGUUGAGAAAAAGAAGAAUGAGAAUGUUGCACAUCUUUAGGAAUUAAAUAUCCAAUAAUAAUUUCUAUCAUUCAUCGGUCAAUAUGAUCUGAAUGUUUACUACCAGCACGAUAGGAUUUACUUAUUUAGAAAAAACUACAGUUCAUUAUUAUGA